UCCUUCAGACCACCGGGCGUUCAUUCGGAGGAGAAACAAUAUCAAAUCAAUCAAAAUUCUGCUGGUCUCAGCCUCUUCACCCUGCCGGGAUCUUAGCCGUCCUCGUCACUCUGAUUGGACGGGAUCUCCUGAAAAGCCGGUGGAGUGGAAACAGAUCCCGUCGACAGGGUGACAAAG